AUGUCGGUACGCAAUAAUCCUUUCGUUCGAAAGGCUUCACCCUCACCCUCGCCGUCGCCGGGUCCGAGCGGUGUGGGUAGACCAAAAUCUGCUAUAUUCCCCUCCCAGUCGAAUAUCUUAACGAGAGUAGCAACACCACCUACACAUAAUCGCACACAGUCACAAGCAUCGAUAGCUGCUGCCAACCUCCUACCAGUUGGCACAAAUGGCCCUCGGCCGCAUCGAGUCGACUCGAAAAGCAGUGGCCCAAACUCAACAACAUUCGCACCGUCGUUUAUUAAAACAGAAGAGGACCGGCGGAGGAGCUUGGACCCUGUAAAAGGAAUCGAGGGCGAAAAUGACUUUUCCGGCAGGAGAUAUGUCUGGCUUAAGGAUCCACAAGCUGCUUUCGUCAAGGGCUGGAUAGUCGAGGAGCUUGGAGAGGGCCGUAUAUUGGUGCAAUGUGACGAUGGCAGCCAACGUGAGGUUGAAAGUGAAAGUGUGGAUAAAGUCAACCCGGCCAAGUUUGACAAGGCGAACGAUAUGGCGGAGUUGACACACCUAAACGAAGCAUCUGUUGUCCACAACCUUCACAUGAGAUACCAGACCGACUUGAUAUACACUUACUCAGGAUUGUUCUUGGUUACAGUCAAUCCAUAUUGUCCUCUACCAAUAUAUACGAAUGAAUUCGUCAACAGGUAUAAAGGCCGAAGCCGGGAAGAUACCAAGCCACACAUUUUCGCCAUGGCUGAUGAAGCGUUCCGUAACUUGGUCGAAGAAGGGGAAAAUCAGAGUAUAUUGGUCACCGGUGAAUCUGGUGCAGGAAAAACUGAAAAUACAAAGAAAGUAAUCCAAUAUCUUGCCGCGGUAGCUCACUCAGAAUCUCCGGCAAAGGGUAGAGGACAGCAUUCCACCCUCUCCCAGCAAAUAUUACGGGCUAAUCCCAUCCUCGAAGCUUUUGGCAAUGCGCAAACUGUUCGAAAUAACAACUCCUCUCGAUUUGGCAAGUUUAUUCGCAUCGAGUUUACUCGGAAUGGAGCGAUUGCCGGUGCAUUUAUCGAUUGGUAUCUCUUGGAAAAGUCGAGAGUUGUUCGCGUCAAUCCUCAAGAACGAAACUACCACAUUUUCUACCAGCUAUUAACUGGUGCCGAUAGUCAAAUGAAACGAGACUUCUUACUCGACGAAUUUGAAGUACAAGAUUUCGCUUACACCCGUGAGGGUCAUGAUACCAUAUCCGGCGUCUCUGAUCUUGACGAAUGGGAGUCGCUACUCGAAGCGUUCGAUGUAAUGGGAUUUUCUGAUAGUGAACAGAAAUCCAUUCUACGUACUGUUGCUGCGGUCUUGCACUUAGGCAAUAUCACUGUCGUCAAGGAAAGUCGUAUGGCUGAUCAAGCCCGUCUUGCGCCCGACGCUAAGGAGGUAGCAGCUAGAGUGUGUAAGCUUCUAGGGAUCGCCUUAGAACCAUUCCUACAAGGGCUGCUUCAUCCCAAAGUCAAAGCAGGUCGCGAGUGGGUAGAGAAGGUUCAAACUCCUGAACAAGUACGACUCGGCAUCGAUGCCCUAGCGAAAGGCAUAUACGAACGGGGCUUUGGGGACCUUGUUACAAGCAUUAACCGUCAGUUUGACCGAACUGGGCUCGGUAUUGACGAUUCACAUUUUAUUGGCGUACUUGAUAUUGCAGGAUUCGAGAUUUUCGAAGAGAAUAGCUUCGAGCAACUCUGUAUCAACUACACCAAUGAAAAGCUACAACAGUUCUUCAAUCAUCACAUGUUUGUCUUGGAACAGGAAGAGUACGCGAGAGAACAGAUUGAGUGGCAAUUCAUUGACUUCGGCCGCGAUUUGCAGCCUACCAUUGACCUCAUCGAAUUGUCAAAUCCUAUUGGUAUCUUCUCAUGUCUUGACGAAGACAGCGUCAUGCCAAAGGCCACAGACAAAUCAUUUACGGAAAAGCUUAACUCCCUGUGGGAUAAGAAGUCUAACAAAUAUCGUCCGGCACGUCCUGGUGCUCGACAGGGGUUUAUCUUAACUCAUUACGCAGCUGAGGUUGAGUAUUCAACUGAAGGUUGGUUAGAGAAGAAUAAAGAUCCCCUUAACGACAACGUGACGCGACUCUUAGCUGCUUCUGUAGACAAGCACAUCGCCAAUUUAUUCCUAGAUUGCGCCGACUCAGAUGAUGACAAUACUACAUCCCGAAGUAGGGUCAAAAAGGGAUUAUUCCGAACUGUCGCGCAAAGACAUAAGGAGCAGCUAAGCAGCCUUAUGUCCCAACUUAAUUCUACUCAUCCCCACUUUGUUCGUUGCAUUCUCCCAAACCACAAGAAGCGACCUAAACAAUUCAACGCAUUACUCGUCCUUGAUCAGUUGAGGUGCAAUGGUGUCCUCGAGGGCAUAAGAAUAGCCCGAACCGGUUUCCCUAACCGACUCUCGUUCACAGAAUUUCGACAACGAUAUGAGGUUCUCUGCAAAGAUGUACUUAAAGGACACAUGGAUGGACAAGCAGUGGCAGCGCUAAUGCUAGAUAAGCUGGGGAUAGACAGAUCCCUUUUCCGUGUCGGUCUCACCAAGGUAUUCUUCCGAGCUGGUGUGCUUGCCGUGCUAGAAGAGCAACGUGAUGCCUUGAUUACCGAGAUAAUGUCUCGUUUUCAGUCUGUUGCUCGCGGCUAUAUCAAACGUCGCUUGGCUUUCAAACGGCUAUACCGCACGGAAGCUACUCGGGUGAUCCAAAGGAAUUUCAAUGUCUAUCUUGAUCUCUGCGAGAAUCCUUGGUGGCAACUUCUUAUUAAGAUGAAGCCAUUAUUAGGCACAACGCGCACGGCCAUCGAAGUGAAAAGACGUGACGAGAAAAUUCGACUGCUAAACGACAAAAUGAAACAAGAAACUGAGAACCGCACUCGACUCGAAGAGGAAAGGCGCAACUGCCACGCAGAAUUAAUGCGAACGCAGCAGAUCCUUGAAAGCGAGCGAGCGUUGGCCCUAGACAAGGAGGAGAUAUUCAAACGGUUACAGCUUCGCGAGUCCGAGCUCGAAGAAGAGCUCAAAGGUGCCAUUGAAGAUCAGGAGAAGCUCGAGAACCAACUCGACGAUCUUCUCAGUGCGAAGAAGAGAGCUGAACAAGAGGUGGAUAGAUACAGAGCCCAACUUGAGCAAGCCGCUGCCCUCAUAGCCCGGCUCGAGGAAGAAAAGUCAGAACUUGACGUUCGAGUUGUCAACCUUGAAGUAGAGAUAGAGACUCUCUCUCGGAAGCAGGCGGAUAGAAGUGCGCAGGAGGCUAUCCUCGAGGAUGAGGUCAAGAUGCUUCAGAGCCAGCUGUCGUUGAAGGAUCGCAAGCUAAGAGAUGUCGAGGGAAAACUGCUCAAAACUGAGCAAGAUGGAGACAUCAAAUUCGCUGCCACUCAAAAAGAGCUACAGUCUCUAAGAUCACGAGAGCAACGUCUAACAAAGGAACAUCGGGAAGCGCAGCAACAGCUAUCCGAAUUAUCGAAGACCUCGACAGAUUACGAAGAGCUUGUGAGGAAAAAGGAAAGCGAGCUUUCUAUUCUUCGUUCAGAUAACAAGAAGUUUCAGAUGGAGCAACGUAAUUUCGAUGAGCAGAGAAAGACACUGGGAUCCGAGAAAGAGAAGAUGGCCGACCGUCUACGUGAGGUUCAGGCUGAAAUGGUUGCUAUGAAAUCCCAGCAUUCGCAGCUCCAGCGCGAAGCAGAAGAUGCGAAACAAUUACUUCAAGCAAGACUCUCCGAAGAUGCACAAGCGAACCAGAAUCGAGAAGUCUUAGAGUCACAGAUCAAAGACUUAAAGGAUGAGCUAUACAAAGUUCAGAUGGAUUUAAGUCGGGAACGCCAAUCACGAGAUGACGUAGCCCUCCUUUCUGAGCAUAAAUAUCAGGCCUUACAAGAAGAGCAUGAUCGACUCAAGGAAUCAAAAAUAACGAUCGAGAAGGAGCUCUAUCUUCAGCAAGACACUCUACGGCGAACCAUGGAAGCCCGAGCAACUGCUGAAAAGGAACGCGAUGAUGCGCGCGAUGAGAUUCGGCGGCUACGAAUAGCGAAGACUCAAGCAGAGGAAGCACGACUAAACGCGGAAGAGGCAGGUGAACGCAAUGCCACUCGUGUAGCCCGGGAGCGAGAGGCUAGUCUACAGAAAGAUCUUGAUGCCACGCAAGAGCGGCUUACAUGGUUCGAAGGCGAGUGUGAAAAGUUAAAUCACGAAAUAGAAGAUCUUAAUAAGUUUAUGAUCUCAUCCGGAGAAUACGGUCUCAAGAAUGACCAGGCCAAGGAACGCUUAGAACGUGAACUGGUCACAGUUAAGGGACGUCUAACUGCCUCCGAGAACGAUAAUCGCGCUCUGCUCAACAAACUGCAGCAAAAGGGCCUUGAAAUUGCGCGAUCCACCUCGAGGGCCAGUGAGGCCUCGAGAGGACAGAUUACAAGCCUGCAACGUGAAAAGGCAAGGAUGGAGGAGCAGAAUGCGGUACUUAACAAGCAACUCGGAGAUGCAUCAUUGACUAUAGCUGGCCUCGAGAAGAGGGUUGAGAAGUUGCAACUUAACGUGGAGGAUCUCAACCACGAAGUUGCACGCGAAGUCAAGUCCAGCCGCAACGCCGAGAAAGCUUCAUCCAACUAUACGAUUCAGCUUGCCGAGGCAAAUCGAACAAUAGAAUCCGAGCGUCAGCUACGGACUCAGGCUCAGACUACUGUCCGCGCUAUGCAAAUGACUCUUGACUCCCGGGAUAAGGAAUUGGAAGAACUUCGAGCGCAAAUGUUACGAAUUUUGAAGGCUGUUGACCCAGAAGUCUCAAUUCCAGCUCAGGGUGAUGGAAGUCAUGAUAAAAUCAUGAGUCAAAACUUUGAUAUGCUUAGGAAGAUUGAAGAAUUGCAACAAAACCUCCGUAUACAAACCGCUGCACGUACAAAUGCGGACGCACAAUUGACUGAGCUACGUGCAAAUCGAGCAGAGUCACCAGUACGACCUAAACUGGAGGAGAUGCACCCUAAUGAGGCACCUUUCAACGGCUCUCCUACGCAGAAACGAAGUAAGCUGAACGGAAGGCGUAACUCGGUUCUUUCCACGCCUACUCGCCGCGUUGGUAACGAGAACGAUGUGAUUCCGGACUCUGGUAGAUCAGACCGCACCGCCGAUAUUCUCAGCUUCAACAAUAGGCAAGAUCUGAAGACCGAGGUUGAAGAGUUGCAGAACCAACUUCAAAUAUCGCAGAUGCAAAACCGUCACCUCCAAAGCCAGCUUGAGCGUGUCACGCCCACACCAGAGAUGAACCUUGAUAAUAGCCCUUCAGCUCGCCGAAUGAAGAAGCUAGAGAAAGCCAAUAACCGACUGCAUGAUAUGCUUGACGACUCUGCCAAAAAGGUUUCCCAGUUGGAAAAGUCGAUUAGGAGUGGCGAGUUGUCCGUGCGAGACCUCCAAACCAAAUCGCACGAAGAGAUUCUCGACCUACUCAAUAGUCAAGAAGACUCUAGGCGUGCACUUCUCCACAAUCACAACGAUGCUAUUACUGAGCUAGCUGACGUCAAAGAGCAUUUCGAGAAAAUGAGGCACGAACGUGCAAGGUUAGAAGUUGAGCUUCGAGAUACAAAAUCAGAUCUACAAGAAAUGGCUGUUUCCCGAGAACAGGAAGCCUCUAACCGCAGCCAACUACUCCAAGAGUUUACCGAUCUACAAAUUCGCCUUGAUGCUGAAAGCUCUCAGUUAGCAGAUGUGACUUCGAGCCUCGAGAUGUAUAAGAGUCGUGCCGACGAAUAUUUCAGCAAGCUAGAGCAGGCCGAGAUCGCUGUUCUGAAGGCGACGCGGGCAGAGCAGUUUGCUAAAUCUCAGGCUAAAGAAGCAGAGGAGGCCUAUGCUGAGAUCAUGUCACAGCGAAAUAAAUCAGAUGGAAGCAUGGAGGAUGUACUGCGCCAGAACCAGCGUCUUGAGGAGAAGCUAGAAGAUCUGUCCACAGACCUCGAGGCUGCUUUGCAGUCGAAGAAGCGUCUCCAGCACGAGCUGGAAGACUAUAGAAGCCAGAGAGCCAUUGAUCUUGAGGACAAGGAAUCACAGAUGGAGCAAACUCGCAAGAAGUAUCAAGCAGAAUUUGCUACUCUUACUAAAGAACUUGACAUAGCACGGGAGGAAAAACUCUUCAAGCAGUCCGAAAUCAUUCGAUUACGCGAAGAACUUGACGAUCUCCGCUCCAAGUGGGACGACGAAGUACUGAACAGCACGACAUGGUCAAAAGAGAAGGCACGUCUUGAGAGUACGCUUGCUGACGUUGUUUCAUCACGCGAUGAAGCCGUUAGCGCCCAUAACGAAGCCCAGAGCAAAGUUGUUUCACUCCUUUCUCAAGUCCGAACCCUUCGAAGCUCAGUGGAUGACAUAACCGCUGAGCGCGAUACUUUAAUAAGAGAGAAAUCUAGCAUCGAAGCAAGACUCAAAGAAGCUAAAGCCAAUCUUGAAGAUUUAGCUAACAGCGAGAGUCCAGCGAUGCGUAAUGCUGCUAAUACAGACAAGGAAAUUCUGGAACUAAAAUCUAGCCUAGCCCAACGGGAAGACGUUGCUGCUGCUGCGGUAGAGAAGAUGCGGCGGGCUGAGUCCCUCGCUACUGAAGUGCAAAAAGAAAUUGCGGCCGAACGUGAGCUCAGCGCCGACCUAUCUAAACAAAAGGCAGCCCUCGAGAAGAGCCUUAACGAAGUGCAAGUACGACUUGUCGAUCUGGAAACUAAGGGAUAUUCAAGCGGCAGCCAGGAUAUCAAGUUUUUGCACAAGCGUAUCCAGGAGCUCGAAUCGCAGCUCGAGACUCAAGAGAACGAGCGGUCGAAAUCGCAACGUUCUGUCCGCAACGUAGAUCGAAUAGUAAAGGAUCUGCAAUCUCAGAUAGAGCGUAAGGACAAACAAGCUGUGCAGCUCAACGACGACGUGUCACGACUACGUGACAGGGUAGAGAAGCUCCUCGUAACAGUCGAUGAGCUCCAGGCUAGUGAGAGCGAUAUACAGCUGUCGGCGCGUCGAGCUGAACGGGAAUUAAGAGAGGAGAAGGAGAAGACUCUACGGUUAGAACGUGAGUUAGAAGGAUGGAAACAUCUACGGAUGGAAAAGGGAAGCGUUAACGGCAGCGUGCGGCUUAGUACGCCUGGCCUAGAAGGGACGCGACGGCUCAGCGCGUGGCGAAACGGAACCGGAACCGGUGGCGACGCGGACGAGACAGCCAGCCUUGGCGGAACCGGCAUCGAGGUACCAAAGCGGACAACUAGUAUCGGACGGAAGCCAAGCCUAACGAAGGGCUUUUUGUGA